UUGCAGAUUUAUUAUGGGCAAUAAUAAGAGGUUUGAAGUUCUGUUAGCGGCAGCAGACAGAGAUUAUGUGAAGAAAAUGUAUGGAGGAUAUUUCAGUCUGUUUGUUAAUAUGCUGGGUGAGGAGGCCGAGAGGUGGGAUAUGUUCAGGGCCUUUGACCGGCAGCUGCCAAAAAUGGAAGACCUUCACAAGUACGAUGGAUUCGUUGUGACCGGAAGCAAAAGUGACGCUCAUGGCAAUGCUCUCUGGAUUCUGGAACUCUGUCAAUUGUUAAGAUGUCUUUACCAAAUGCGCAUCAAAGUGUUGGGGAUAUGCUUUGGCCACCAGAUAUUGUGUAGGGCUUUGGGAGGCAAAGUGAGUAGAUCCAGUGCUGGAUGGGAUGUUGGCACAACUAAAAUACAUUUCAAUUCUUCCAUUCGUACAAAAGAAUAUCUCAGUGGAAUGAAAAUCCCAACCACUCUUUACUUAAAUGAAUUCCAUCAAGAUAAGGUGACAGAGAUCCCUUGUGGUGCAGAUAUAAUUGCUUUUUCAAAUAAAACUGAGAUUGAAAUGUUUUCAAUGGAUGAUCACAUACUAGGAAUUCAAGGUCACCCAGAGUACAAUGGUGACAUUUUAUUUAAUCUUAUGGACAACCUAUGCAAUGAAGGAAUCUUAACAGAGGAGAUUAGAUUGUAA